UUUUCCAAAUCUUUAAGCUGUACGCACCACACAAGAAACAUUGAUUCACGUUCUGACAGCGCAGUUUUACAAGCGCAAGCAGUUUCGAAUUAAAACGUCACUUUUCUGUACGGAAUAAUAUCUGAUUCGAAUAUUACCACAAGAAAAAAAUGACAGAUAGUAGCUUGCUUUGCAGUUAUCAAAAUUUCUUUGGUAAAUAACUUGGUAAAUUCUUGAACUGUUUUCUUUUCAGCUGGGUACUUAGCUUUAGAUAAGAACAUCAUCUUGAAUCACGUAACCACAGACAUAACACUCGUUUUUCAUUCCUCGCAUCGAUUAAACCGUCAUUUAAAAUUAGGGCUUAGUCGGCAAUGUCUCCGUUUUGGUAAAAGUGGCGCUUUUUAACGAAAGAAGGUGAAUGCUUCGACAACAUUGUAUAAGUAUACAGAACUAUGAUUAAAAGCUUAUGCGGACGUACCCUUCAUCUUUUUCAUCACCACCUGGUAUGCACCGCCCCAGGGGUUCGAAUCCGCGUCGCGGCAUAGCUCCUGAAAACAGGAUUUCUUGCUACGCCUAACUUCCUUGUUGAGCGCCAACCUGGCUGCUCUAAGUUCGACCUCCCGAGCUUCAGCAUCUGCAUCGGUCCGGGCCCUCUGCGCUAGCCUUCUCGCUCUGUGGCACUCCACUCCAGGGAGCUGGCAAUGGCUCCACCAGUAUACCGAGCGACGACUGUUCGUUGGCUGCCCCGUCCUGGGCAUAGUGGUAUCACAUACCCGUACUAGGACGUUGGUCAGCUCACGGGCACUUAGGUUCGAGCGGUUGCUCUCUGCACUGAGUGCUUCAACGAACAGGUCUUUGUCAAAGGACUUUACUUUCCACCUCCUCCCUGUCGACUUCAACCCGCGUGGCUGUAGCAUCCGUCGUUCAAUCGUGUACCGUAUAGCUUGGUGGUCGCUAUGCGUGUACUCAUCUGACAUCCUCCAGCCCAUGUUGGCGAGCAACAUUGGGCUGCAGAAGGUGAUAUCGAUGAUCGAUUGUUGUACCCCCCCCCCUACAAAAGGUACUGACGAAUCCCACGUUAGCCAGACUUACAUCCAGCUUGGACAUAGUUUUCAGCAAGAUUUGUCCCCUAGGGGUAGUGCACCUGCUACCCCAUUCGACAGCCCAAGCAUUGAAGUUUCCUCCAAUGACAACGGGCUUGCGGCCCGUGAGCUCGUCGGUGAGCACGUCUAGCAUCCGGUCAAACUGCUCCGGCGACCACCUAGCUGGAGCGUAACAGCCACAGAUCAACGUAACAGCAGACGCCAUCGACCACAGCAAUCACGAACCCUUCUUGGUUGGACGAAACCUCCUCCUGGAUCGGGUAUCUACCCAUCACAGUGAUCGCUGCCAUUCGACCCCUGUCGAUUACCCAGUUUGUGCCGCCCCGGGGGACCCGGUAGGGAUUCGCGAUAAUGACAAUAUCGCACCCCGUUUCGGCUGCCGUUUGCCAAAGCAGCUCCUGUGUCGUCUCACAGUGGUUCAGGUUAAUCUGUAUAACCUGCACCAUUAUCGUUGCAACCCAGAUAACACAAAAUCGUAAUAGAAAGUGCACAAUAAAUCGUUUUCAUGUCAAUUUCACAUUGGAAUUGUAUAAUGAUUAGAGUAUGUCAAACCGAAGUGAACAAUAAGUUGUUUUGCAGUCGUGCGUGUCUUCAUAUACAAUUCAUGACUGUGAAUUAUUGCGACAUUUGCCCCUAUUUAGACUUCCCCGAUUUACACGAUUAUCACAGUCGAAUCUCGCACACGUUUUCGCUCAAAGAAAAUGAAGUGAAAAAGAAGGGGAAGAAGGAAAAAGAAGUCAAACUCAUUAGUAGAUAAAACAAAAAGCCACUCUAGUGUCAGAUUAACAGUGCAAAAUGUGGUACGUUGCAUUAAAUGAUUAUCACAGUAGUCUAAAUAGUCAUAAAAGGGGCAAUAUAAAGCAGUAUCCACCUUUUCGCGUGCUUAAUGGCGGCUAUCAGGUACACUUUUCGACAACGUUUAUUUGCUUUUAAGAACCCCGCUCACGUAGGCUUGAAAGUUCUACAACAACAAUCAAGGCAGGAAAUAUCAACUUGACGUGAAUAAAGUUACCAAAGCUAUGCUAACGUUUUCCGAAAGUUGUACCCACUAGCCGCCAUUACGCACGCGAAAAGGUCGAUAGACGAUUGCAAUAUUUGAUUAUAUCUUAAUCAUAUAUUGUCUUGAGGUUUCAGUGCGAGUUAAAAUCGAAGUCUACUUUUAUCUUGACAAAAGUAAAACUAUACUUUGCGAAAUUUUUAUAGCAUGUCUGUAUAAAAUCUGUAGUCAAAAAUAUGUCUGUAUCAGAAAAUGAAAAGUCUGUAUCAUACAGAUUACAGAUCAGGCAGAUCCCUGAUUAGGACUACUAACAUUGCCACACCUGUAUAUACCACAUUAGGGUUUCCCGACAACGCGAUUAUUCACCUGCACGCACGCAGCCAGUAGUUCAUUUAUGGCCGAAAAUUCAUUUUCAAUUAUCAACAGAAUCCACCUCUCUGCUAAAGCUUUGUAUUGCGUUAUACCUAAGUGCAUGCACGUUUUGGGAGUCAACGGAGUCACUUCCGUAGAGAAAGUUUGUUAUAAUAAUUCGUUCAUUUAAAUGUCAUUUUAGUUUUUGAGAAUAUUACUUUAGUAGUUUUGUAUUUUCUGGCACCAUUGCAUACAGCUGACAGAUAGUACGGGCUCAUCGAGUUCAUGACAUGAAUGUUCCGUAUCGUUCAGUGCGUAACCCUAUUUUACUGCGAUCUGGUAAACGUUGGUUUUCUUGUGGGGUUAAAAGAAAAAGUGUGUUUAGUUGAUUAAAAUAUAGUUCUAUUUUGCAUUCGCACAACUGUGUAAUCACAAUGUCCAUGCGUGGCGGUGGAAAAAAUCGUGGUCGAAACUGGAAUCAGGGUAGUUCCGGAGGUAGAAAAUUUUUCGACGGUGGAAAUAAUUACUCGGAACAUGAUGACCGAAUGGACAAAAAUCGCGAUCGGAAAAGUGGCGAAAUCAAGCGACGAGUUAGUUUUAAACCGUUCAACGGAGGCCGAAAUAAGGGUGGUCCCGGUGGUCCGGCAAUUUCCAAUAUCAAAAUUCGUGCUCACCUGGAGGAUGACGAAGCGAUGGCCGGUGAUGGAUUUGAGGGUGGCGAACGGAAAGUUUUCUACAAAGGAAACAAUAAAGGUUUCAAUCAACGCCGGGGAUCGCCAAUUCCGCGCGGUAGAGUAAUAAACAAAAAAAGACUGAUUAGUGGUCCUACCAGUUGGUUCGAGAUCAAAAUUCCGUUCGGCCACAAGUACGAUAAGGAUUUCAUCCUGCGGUCAUUGCUGAAUUCCAUCAAGCCGGAAAUUUUCAUCCCACACUAUUGGAAGGUGGAAGAUACGGCGGUCAGUUUUUACAUAGAAGAUUUUCCGGCGGCGGAAGCCCUGCAGAGAAUUGACCGCACGAUAGACCUGCCCGAUGGCAGGAAGAUGAUUGUGAUCGUUCGCAACAGUACGCCGCAGUUUCAGAUCAACGAGCAGCUGAAGGAACGCAUGAAGCUGGCCAUGGUGAAACGAUACAACCCGGCCACGAAGGCGUUGAAUCUGGAAAAGUUUCACGCCGAUCCGGAUUUGAGUGAUAUUUUCUGUGCACUGUUCCGCCCGCAGCUGCUGCUGGCCGCCCUCGAUGUGAUAAAGGAAAAUAUUCCCGAUUUGGAAGCUCUGAAUUUGAACAACAACAAGCUGCACAUGCUGGACCAUUUUAAGCAAAUGGCAACCAAGAUUCCGACGUUGAAGAUUCUUUAUAUGGCAAAUAAUAAGAUCCCAUAUGUGAAUUCCCUGGACAGUUUGAAGGCACUGAACCUGAUCGAGAUCAACCUGGACGGCAAUCCGCUCAAGGAUCGUAUCAAAGAUCAAACCGUUUACGUCAGUGAAGUUCGAAAACGACUCCCGAAGGUCAUCAAAUUGGACAACAUCGACCUGCCACCACCGAUCGGCUUCGACGUAGCCGACGACGACAGUAAACUGCCGUCGGCCAAAGCAUCCUUCCUCUGUGACACCGCUGGAGCGGAUAUUGUGCGCCAGUUUCUGGAGCAGUACUUCAUCAUUUACGACUCGGACAACCGCCAGCCGCUGCUGGAUGCCUAUCACGAGCAUGCGAUGAUUUCGAUGACUGUCUUCAACAACCCCAGCCAGGGCAGCCAGCAACGGUUGCAAAACUAUUUGCCCCACAAUCGUAACCUUAGCUUUAAACGGGAUCUCGAGACACGAUGUCGUUUCCUGAAAAUGGGUCGCCUGCCGGUAGUUUCUUUCCUGUCAGAAUUGCCCCCCACUAAGCACGACCCACAGUCGUUCGUCGUAGACCUGACACUUUUCACGCCCCAACUGAUUCUACUAACCGUCACGGGCGUAUUCAAGGAGCGCAAGCUGGCCGUCAUCAACGAACCCUAUCGGUCGUUCCAGCGCUCGCUAGUCAUCGUUCCGUCCGGUGGUGGCUUUUGCAUACGCAACGAAAUGAUUCACAUCAACAACACAACCCGCAUUCAGGACGAAAAGGCAUUCAAAGAGAUACCGCUGGCAGCGGCAGUCCCGGCAGUCCCGGCAGCAGUUGUGGCCCCCGUUCCAGCCGUUCCGGUUGGUGGUCCUGACGAUAACACCAAGCUUCAGAUGGUGCAAACGAUGGCCGCCCACAGUAAUAUGAACCUCGAAUGGAGCAGAAAGUGUCUGGAGGAAACCAACUGGGACUUCGAGCGAGCCGGGUUCGCUUUUUCCGAGCUGCACAAACAGAACCGGAUACCGCCGGAGGCGUUUAUCAAACCUUAGUAAUCGUUCUACACUCGUUUGGCUGUGACAUCGUGGGACCGGUCGUGAGGAGAGGUGAACACAAGCUUCCAGCGAUGAUAUGGAUAGGACCAAAAGUUUCACUAAGGAGGAACGCAGGUAUUUUUGAGGGAAGGGCGAAACUUGUGCCGUUAGAUUUGAAUGUGUAAUUUGGUUAUUGGAAUGAGUGUACUGCUGACGUUUAUUAAAAAAAAAUGAAUGAAACGAGAAAAAUAAUUCUGUUUCUACCUUUCGCUCUGGUUUCGCCAUUCCCCCAAUAACCUGCCGGUAACGGGAAAAUGAUUGUUUUACUUAAAAAGUCAGCUGUUUUGGCGAUGCAAUCAAAAACAUUUCCGUGCAAACCACAAAAAAUUACAGUACAGUAAUUUUAAUCAUUUAAAUGACAUAAAUAAAAGUUCCGCCCCAAAUCGCAGUUCAUUUUAAGUGUUUCGCGUGCAUUGCUUCCUCCGUUGCGUUAGACUGGCAGGCGAUUUUGGACGGAAUGUGCCUAGAUUUUAUUUGAUACAUUGACGUAAGUUAGUUCUGUAAUAGAAUCAUCAAAAAUAAGUUCAGAAAAAUCGUAAUCGAAGUAAUUACUAAGAGAAAGAGAGAGAGGGAGAGAGUUAUAGGCGUACAGAAAUGAUGAACCGAUUUUAUAAGCAAAAAGUAGAAAAACCGUGCAAACUUUAAUUUAAAAGUUGAAACCAUUUUUGGUAUGUAUUCGCUUUACUGUCUGUGCGUUAUGUAUACUGUCGCAUGUGUAUUUCUGUACCACAAAAAAAACAACAAAAAUGUAUAUAUUAUGACCAUGAUAUCUAUUGUUUAUCUUUAUUGUGACUAAUCAUAGUUUUAAAUAUUACCAAGU